AAAGAUUACAUAGACAAGAAGAAUUUACAAAAACAGCUUCUUCUACUAAUACUAGUCAAAAACUUGAAGAAUCAUUAUUAGUUACUAGCCAAAGUUUUGAUAUUUUAACUUCAUCUGCAAAGGAUUUAACUACAUCAUUUUCAGCUAGUAAUAUUUUAUUAAACCUAGAACAGGAAAGACAAAAUAUUGAACAAAGUGUUGAACAAAGAAUUGAAGAAAUAGAAAAAGAAAUAGAACAAGAACAAUUAGAAAAUUAUUCUAGAAAAAAGUUUAAAGAAACAAAUUUAAAUUAUAGUUCAUUUGAAGAUA